AUGAAAGAUAGCGAUGAACAGCAUCAACAAAAUGAAGUACAAUUUAAAAUAAAAACAACAGAGGAGUUAGAGAAAAUUCAUUUUGAAAAAUUAAAAAACUAUAAUGAAAAACGAAGAAGAAAAAACUUAAAACAACAACAAUCUUUAGACAUUGAAAGUUUUCAAAAGAAUAAUAAAAGAAGAAGAAAAAUAACAAAGGUUGAACCUUUAAGAUUUUCACCGCAAUCAACAUUUAAUGACAAUGAAAUUAAAAAACCUUUUAGUUCAACAUUGGAUAUACAAUUGGCUGAACCUAGAAAGAGAAGCAAAAGUGUUAAUUCUAAGAGUAUUUCUGAAAGUAUUGUUCCUUCAACUUCAUUAAAUUUAAAUAUUUCUAUAGAAAAUAAAGAAGAGAAUAAAGAUGUUUCAGAAGAAAAAGAAGAAAAUAUUAAAAGAAAUGGUUCUAUUAAAAGUGGAAUAUCUCCAAUGGAAGAUUUAAAUAUUAUAUCGAAGAUUCCAACACCUCCAAUAAUUACAAUAAGUAGUCCACAGCAACAACAAAGAAAGAUAUCAAUACAACAACAAGAUCAGCAACAAGAAUCGUCUUUAGUUAUUAAUGAAGAACAACAACAAAAGAGAAUACCUACGCAAAUGAAUCCUUCGCUAAUUAAAGGACUUUCUAAGUCGAUAUCAAGAUUUCGCAAUAGAAAUCGAGUAAUGGAUGAGAAUUCGGUAGAGCAAGCCAAUUUCAUGUCAAAAUUUGGAAUGUCUGGAACUGGAAUACAGCCUGGCAAUGCUAAUGAUCAACAAAGCAGCAAUAAUGAUAGAAGGAAGUGGCUUUCUACUGUUGUUUUUGAUUCAAACGAUCCAGAGUAUUAUCAUUGGAUUGCUUUAGUCUCAAUUGCUUAUGUCUACAAUCUUUUGGUCGUCAUAGCCCGGGUUGUCUUCAUUGAUUUGGCUGCUGGUCGUUUAUGGAUACUUUGGUUAAUACUUGACCUUUUGAUGGAUUCCUUUUAUGUUGCUGAUAUGUUUGUCCGUUCUCGUACAGGUUAUUUGGAGCAAGGCCUUCUCGUUCGUGAUUGUGCCAAAAUUCGUUCUCUGUACCUUAGAAGUCGGCAGUUUUUGGUUAUUUUUAAAUUAAUCAUUAGGUUGUUAGUCUUUUGGGAUUCUUAA